AGAAAUAAUUAAAGCAGCUUAUCCAAAUGUCAGCAGGGAGAGAGGAGUGCAGGCAGCAGAGAACCAGGAGCUCGGGGACGAAACAGUGAUCAGGUCAGAAGCUCUCUGGGGAUCAAAAACGACCCAUCUGAGGAUGUUAAGACUAACAGCUGGCGUGCUCUUGCUGAGCCUGGUAGCCGGUUCGAAUUGUCCUGAUCAGCAGCGCUGUGGGGAUGAGCAAACAUGUUGCCAGAUUCACUCUGGAGAAUUCAACUGCUGUCCCUUCCAUCAGGGCGAGUGCUGUGAAGACCACUUACACUGCUGCCCCGAGGGCAUGUUGUGUGAGGUGAAAGACUCCAGGUGCACAAACGCUACACAUUCGCUCCCAUGGGCCGAGAGAUUUCCUUCCGAACACUCCGGCCUCGUCAAUAAACCGGUUCUGGCGGUUUUGUGUGCUGAUGGCAUAUCCGAGUGCCCGGUGGAGACUUCAUGCUGUGAGACUGCAGAUGGAGGAUGGGGAUGUUGCCCAAUGCCCAGGGCCGUGUGCUGCGAUGAUAAAGUGCACUGCUGUCCAGAAGACAGCGUUUGUGACGUAAACAACGCCAAGUGUAUGUCUUCCACCAAUCACGAACUUCCCAUGUGGGCCAAGUUUCCUGCUCGCCAGAGGGCUGCCUGGGAGGACCGCAAAUACUCUGAUGUUCCCUGUGACGACACUUCGGCUUGUCCUGAUGGAACCACAUGCUGUAAGGAUGAAGAGGGAGCAUGGAGCUGCUGCCCUCUGCCUCAGGCGGUGUGUUGUGAGGACUUUAUCCACUGCUGUCCUCAUGGUAAAAAGUGUAACCUCGCUGCUCAGACAUGUGAAGACCCGUCAGGGUCGGUGCCCUGGCUGAAGAAGGAACCGAGCCUACCGAUCGGUGAACAGAAGGUUCCGGAAACCAAGGUUUCUGAUGUUCCCUGUGACGACACUUCGGCUUGUCCUGAUGGAACCACAUGCUGUAAGGAUGAACAGGGAGCAUGGAGCUGCUGCCCUCUGCCUCAGGCGGUGUGUUGUGAGGACUUUAUCCACUGCUGUCCUCAUGGUAAAAAGUGUAACCUCGCUGCUCAGACAUGUGAAGACCCGUCAGGGUCGGUGCCCUGGCUGAAGAAGGAACCGAGCCGACCGAUCGGUGAACAGAAGGUUCCGGAAACCAAAGUUUCUGAUGUUCCCUGUGACGAAACUUCGGCUUGUCCUGAUGGAACCACAUGCUGUAAGGAUGAACAGGGAGCAUGGAGCUGCUGCCCUCUGCCUCAGGCGGUGUGUUGUGAGGACUUUAUCCACUGCUGUCCUCAUGGUAAAAAGUGUAACCUCGCUGCUCAGACAUGUGAAGACCCGUCAGGGUCGGUGCCCUGGCUGAAGAAGGAACCGAGCCGACCGAUCGGUGAACAGAAGGUUCCGGAAACCAAGGUUUCUGAUGUUCCCUGUGACGACACUUCGGCUUGUCCUGAUGGAACCACAUGCUGUAAGGAUGAACAGGGAGCAUGGAGCUGCUGCCCUCUGCCUCAGGCGGUGUGUUGUGAGGACUUUAUCCACUGCUGUCCUCAUGGUAAAAAGUGUAACCUCGCUGCUCAGACAUGUGAAGAUCCGUCAGGGUCGGUGCCCUGGCUGAAGAAAGAACCGAGCCGACCGAUCGGUGAACAGAAGGUUCCGGAAACCAAGGUUUCUGAUGUUCCCUGUGACGACACUUCGGCUUGUCCUGAUGGAACCACAUGCUGUAAGGAUGAACAGGGAGCAUGGAGCUGCUGCCCUCUGCCUCAGGCGGUGUGUUGUGAGGACUUUAUCCACUGCUGUCCUCAUGGUAAAAAGUGUAACCUCGCUGCUCAGACAUGUGAAGAUCCGUCAGGGUCGGUGCCCUGGCUGAAGAAGGAACCGAGCCGACCGAUCGGUGAACAGAAGGUUCCGGAAACCAAGGUUUCUGAUGUUCCCUGUGACGACACUUCGGCUUGUCCUGAUGGAACCACAUGCUGUAAGGAUGAACAGGGAGCAUGGAGCUGCUGCCCUCUGCCUCAGGCGGUGUGUUGUGAGGACUUUAUCCACUGCUGUCCUCAUGGUAAAAAGUGUAACCUCGCUGCUCAGACAUGUGAAGACCCGUCAGGGUCGGUGCCCUGGCUGAAGAAGGAACCGAGCCGACCGAUCCAAGAUAACAAUGUUUCAGAGGACUCUGUUGUUCCCUGUAAUGAAACUGUGGCCUGUGCUGAUGGGACCACGUGCUGUAAGACCCAAGAGGGAGGAUGGAGCUGCUGUCCACUUCCUCAGGCGGUGUGUUGUGAGGACUUUAUCCACUGCUGUCCUAAUGGCAAAAAGUGUAACCUCGCUGCUCAGACAUGUGAAGACCCAUCAGGGUCGGUGCCCUGGCUGAAGAAGGAACCGAGCCGACCAAUCAGGGAUAAGAAUGUUCCAGAUACCAAGGUUUCUGAUGUUCCCUGUGACGACACUACGGCUUGUCCUGAUGAAACCACAUGCUGUAAGACCGAACAAGGACAAUGGAGCUGCUGCCCUCUGCCUCAGGCCGUAUGUUGUGAGGAUUUCAUCCACUGCUGUCCUCAUGGUACAAAGUGUAACCUCGCUGCUCAGACAUGUGACGACCCGUCAGGAUCAGUGUCCUGGCUGAAGAAGGAACCGAGCCGACCGACCGCACGGGCGACUCAAAAUACAUCAACAAACGCCGUCUCAGUGAAGUGUGACCCUCACAUGUCCUGUCCUGACCACACCACCUGCUGCUUCAUGAAGAAGAGCCAGAAAUGGGGCUGCUGUCCUCUGGACCAGGCUACGUGCUGCGCAGACGGAGAGAACUGCUGUCCGAAAGGCUACACCUGCCGUGACCAGCAGUGUGUGAAAAGCUCCUGGAUAAAGUUCGACUCUGUGUCUUUCGCCUCCGUCUGGGACACGGCGAAUCCCCAGAUCCAUACUGACAUCGACUGCGGAGGAGGGUUCACCUGCAAAGACUCCGAAACCUGCUGCAGGAUGUCAGCGAGCUCCUGGGGCUGCUGCCCGUUACCGAAGGCUGUGUGUUGCAGUGAUAUGCUGCAUUGCUGUCCUGCUGGAUACAUCUGUGACGAGUCCGGCUCCUGCACUUCAGCGAUGGGCUUCUACCCGGACGUGUUCUUCUCCAGGAAGAAACGAGCUCGCGCUCUAUAAACACACAUGCACACACACACACUCACGCACACACACACACACACUCGCACACACACACACACACACGCCGAGCUCGUCCUACUGAGUGGCAUCACAUUCCAAACCAGAAUAAAGUUCACACACACACACGUUACACUAAUCAGGAUUUAUGUAUUUUGGUGAUAAAUGUUGAUUUUGUUUUGAAUGGAAAAUGAAGGGCUGAAGAUCAUCCUGUUUACACUAAUUAAUCAAUGUCCAAACCUGCGUUCCAGUACUCGAUCUACACCUCUCCACACUUCCCCUGUCCACUUCGAAGUGGCCACUUGCAGCACAAGGUGACGACUAUAACUGACUUUUUCCAGAAGCUUCGACGAGCAGAGAGUAGCUGACGCGAUGACCUUGAAAAUGCGUAUGGUCCGUUUCCUUUAAACCAUCUAACGAGUCUAAACGAUCCUGCUGGUUAGCUAGCGAACAUCUUAACCUGCCAAAUGGAUAGAAGAAAAACAAAAGUAGUUUAAAAUGUUGUCGAUGUUUGUUUGUUUUUUUUACGGCGUUCCUGACGUUCUCCCAGCGUUAUGGCUGUGCAUGAUGGAAUAGUGCCGAUGACAAAACAACAAAUACGACAGUUGUGUACAUGCAUACUAGCUAGCAUACAACUAGCAUGCUUACUGUCGAGCUUGCUAACUAGCUAGCAGAAUAUCAGCAUUGUUAUUUUCAGUAAUAUUUAGCUGAUUGGACGUCAAAAUGUUUCAUUCUGACCGGCUAUACUUCACACUUUCGUAGGCUAACACCAGUGAUAUCUCAGUUUCCAUCGAGCAUACUGGUGUACUAAAUUGCAUGUCAGCUUCAUGAUUUAGCAUACAUCCUGUAGCUAGCUAGCUAUGUAGUAUGGAAUUGUAUAUCAACGCUGAUUAUUAUUGAAUACAAAUUACUGACAAUAAUAAAGCUAAUCUAGAGAGCAUGCUAAACUGGUUAGUUAGCGAUGCUAGCUAACUGGUAAGAGGGAUGUUAUGGUUGUAUAAGUAUCGUAAUGUAAUGUUUAUCACCCCCGUAUUUAAAUGGUUUUACAUGCGAAAGGAACUUGGUGUCCUCCUCUAAUGCUAGUUUUAUUAUUAUUAUUAUUAUUUUAAUCACUUCAGAUUGCAGUGCAUUCUGCCUGAGUACUUCUUCUGAAGUCUGUUAUCUGACAAACUUCACUCGAGCUGAUAAAAUAUGAUAAAGUGACCUUUAGAAUGCGACAGGGAUCCAUUAAGAGGAGGACAAGGUGCAGGGAAGUAGACGUCACCGAGGUCAAAUCAGUACUGGAACACAUUUGAACCCACUUUCCAAAUGAAAACACGUUUCUUUGUUAUGAGAUUUUCUGUAUCGCUAUAAUACAUCGAUAUCAAUAAUAUACUUCUUCUGUGACUCCUUGAUUUUAAGAGCUGCGUUUCUUCAUUCUUUAAGCAUUUGCAGUUUGCUUCCAUACACAUUACAUCGCUGCGUUCGAACAUCUGAUCGUUUUGCCCUUUUUAUGUCGUGUGAAUGUCUGAGUUGAUUGAGUGACGCUUUUACUGAAUUGAAUAAAAAUGAUUUCUUUGAAGGA